AUGGAGGCGGCCACGAUAGCUACAAAUACUGGGCUGUUGCUGGGUGUGGGCUGUGAUGAGGGUGGCACGACCGGGACCGUGGUGGCUGGCGCGGUGAAGAGAAGAGUGUGGGGGAGGCUUGAGAAGCGUGAAGGAGGAGUCGGUGACAGGAUGAGGUGCCGACGGUGGGAAUCCGACAGGCGAGGGGUUGACGCAUGCUGGUGCGAGGGCUGGAAGUGCAAUGGUGGCGGAUGGGAAGGAUUGGAGAAGGAGGGAGAUGGGGACUGGCAGAUUCGUACCCAGGUUGCGAGGGCUGGAGAGUUGGGGGCGGGGGCUCCCGAGGUGUAUGAGGGAAGGUGCAGAGAGAGGGUCGUGAAGGAGAACCGUGAGCGUGGAGGCUAG